ACCACCCGGUUGCGCAAGCCGCGCUUCUCGUUCGAAGAGAACCAGAUUCUGAUCCGUGAGGUGCGCGCCCACUACCCGCAGCUGUACGGCGCGCAGAGCCGUCGGGUGAGCGUGGCCGAGCGGCGGCGCGUGUGGGACGGCAUCGCCGCCAAGAUCAACGGUAUCACCAGCUGGAAGCGCACGGGCCAGGAGGUGCAGAAGCGCUGGAACGACUUCAAGCGCCGCACCAAGGAGAAGCUCGCUCGCGUGCCGCACUCCACGCAGGGCGCCGGGCCCGCCGCGGAGGACGCCUUCUCUGCGGAAGAGGAGACAAUUUUUGCCAUCCUGGGGCCAGGUGUGGCGGGGCCAGGGGCAGGUGCUGGGGCGGAGGAGCCCCCUGCAGCCCCCUCUUCACAGCCGCCGCCCCCAAGCGCCUGCCCCCAGCGCUACGUGUUGUCGGAAGACCGCCGGGAGGACCGACGUGCAGAUACAUCAGCCCACAGCAAGGGGGGUUCCAGCAGCCCGGAGCCAUGGGCCCGGCCCUCCUGCACUCCCCAGGAAGGGGGCUGCCCACGGCCUAAGGAGCGUGAGUCCCCACCCCCUUCCGCCCUGCAGCCGGUCCAGCUGCCUCGCCUGGCCUUGUCUCCACCACCCCCAGCCCCUCCACUGCCACCCCCACCGCCACUGCCCGUCCUGCCCCCACCAGCCCCCAAGGUGGAGAUCACCCCAGAGCCCGUGUCUGUGGUGGCUGCUGUGGUGGACGGGGCAGUGGUGGCAGCCAGGGGAGUGAUCAUUGCCCCAAGGAGCGAGGAGGGGGCGCCCCGGCCACCCCCAGCCCCACUCCCUCCACACGACUCCCCGCCACACAAGCGGAGAAAAGGUUUCCCUACACGCAAAAGGCGCGGCCGAUGGAAAUCUCCGUGAAAUCUACUAUCUAUGCUCCUGCCUGCACCCCCUCUCCCCAGCUUGGCGCAGUCGAGGGGGGCGAUGCUCUCUGCCCAUCCCAGCUGCACCCUAGCUCCCUGCUCCAGGGAUGUGAGCACCCACUCCCUGUGCUAGUUAGUGCCUGAUUCUCUGGGGGGGCCACAGUAAUGGGCCCCCCCAACCCCUUUCUCUGGUACAGUGCUGUCUGCCUGGCUGCCUCCCUUAACCCUGACUUCUAAGCCAUCAAUUUCAUGUUAUUUAUUAUUGCCCUAUGUCGGGUGGGGAGGGAACCUCUCGGGUCUGCACAUCUCCCCUUCCCUAACAGUUCCUGUUCUUGACUUGAAGAGAAUUGACCCGUGGGGGACUCCCCACCUGCCCAACCCAGACUUUGGAGCGGGUGGGAGUUGUGAGACAAAUCAAAAUAUGGAUGACAAAGAGGAUAUAGCCGUGUAUACCCCAGGGAGAGGAGGCAUUGAGUUCUGAUGGGAGAGGUAUAAGUUGGGUUCUCUGCCUACCAUUGCUGUCUCUGACUUCCGGAGCUCAACCCCCUCCUUUCUCCCAGUGGUGACAAGAUAUCAAUAAACUUAUUUUUAAUACAA